UUAGUUACUGUUAACAUAACAGUCUCUUCUCUAUUUCUUUAAACCCUAACAUAAAACAUAUAUAACUGAAACAGACCUCAAAACAAGGAGCUUUCUCUCAUUAAUCAAUGGAGGAACCAAGCUCCGCUUCUGAUGACGAACAAGUUUUAAUGGAAGAUGACGAAGGAAUUGGAUUGGAAAGGAAUAAAGUUACAAAAUUUGUUGUAAAAGCAAGUCAUGAAGCUAAACUGAAAGAACUGUUGCAUAAAAUUAACUCAAUUGAGAUUAAGUUAUGUUCAGAUGCUACUAAAGAGUUUAUUAAGCUACUUAAAGGUAGUUCUGGUGGUGAAUUGCUUCAUUUAUAUGUACAUUCAACUUCAGAUUUCUCUGAACUUUUUGCUGCUUUAAAGCUUAGAGAGGGAAAAUCUGGAACCCAUUAUAUAUUCAAGUUAAUAUCUGUGAUUCUUGGACAUCCUGAAGGAAAAUUUAUACCCAACGAUAAGGGUAGGAUUGGUAUAAGUGUGGGUCUUGAUAAGUUUGCUCGUUCUUUUCUCGAAGAAAAGUUGGAUUUUGUUUAUAAGGAUUUGGUUAGUAAAGAUAAAAAGCGCCAAAAUGCUGCACUUUCAGUGAUGGAUUCUGUUGUUAGGCGUGGGUCGGGUUUGGCUUCUGAGGUUGCUAAAAAGUUUGAUUUUAAACUCAAGGGGUUUUCUAAGCUUUCGGAGUAUAAACCCUUGAAGAAUGAGAACAAAAGGAGGCGCUCCACAGAUGAUGAGAAAAGGAAGUAUAUCACAAGAAAGGCUUUUAUUGCAUUUGCAAUGUCAUUUUUGGAGGUGGGUAAGCCAGGAUUGUUGAGGUGGGUCUUACAGCAGAGGGAAGUGUACUCUGAUAUUCUUCGUGGACUUGGGGAGGAUGAUGAUGAGACUGUGAUGUAUGUUUUGUCCAUAUUGCGGGAUAGGGUUCUGACUGAAGAGUCACUGCUUCCUCCGGCUUUGAGGAGUGUACUUUUUGGGAGUGUGGUUUUAGAACAGUUGGCGGACAUUUCGGAAAAGAGGUAUGGUGGGCCCACUGCAAACUUGGCACAUAAUGUGCUACUUAUGGUCUGUACUGAUCCUUGCAAUGGAUUGAUGCCAGAUUUAAAGAGACGCCCAAAUGCAUUAAAAGGUAACUCGAAGAGACUUUUGCAGCUCAUGAAGAAGCUGAAGGCAAAAGAGGUUUUUCACAGGGAGUUGCUUUUAGCUAUUGUUAGGGGGAGACCAUCUUUAGGCUCAGCAUAUUUGGAGGAGUUCCCUUACAACCUGGAGGAUUUUGCAUCCCCUAACUGGUGUUCUACUGUUUCUCUGGCAGCGCACUUGGUUUCCUUGGUGAAUUUGGGGAUUCCUUUUGAUUUCCUGGAUUCUCGAUCUGAUGACCCACCUUCUUUUGAUAAUGUGGCUGUGCAGAAUAUCAUGAAGAUCAUAGCUUCUCGUCCAGUGAGCCGAUCGGUAAUAAAUAAGGGGUUACUUCACUCAGAUUUUCUUGUGAAGAAUGGAACUUUAAGACUUCUUCUAGAGACUCUGAGGUUGUUUGAUUCCUUCUUCAGGGCCAUAAACUUAUCUUGCAAUGAGAAACAGAUGAUGCAAAAAUGUGCAGCACUUAAGCAGGAAAUACGGAAUGAAAUUCAAACCCUGCUUCCUGAUCCCCAAGUUUUUCUGACUCUACUUUCUCCCUUAAGUAGCCAUGCUAGGACUAAUGAGUCAUCUUUGAAAAGAGCAACAGAUAAAGAAAAUUUUCUUGUUUGCGGUAAGAGAAGAAAAAAAUUGAAAAGAAAUAUUAAGAAUGGGGAUAAUGAUAUCAUUAUUGGUGGGCUAAGUUCAGCUCCAGACAAUGCAUUGCCCGAGGAUGGUGAAGAUAUAGUGGAUUCAGAAAUAGCGCAUGCAUCAGACAGUGAGAUGGAUCAUAUGAGUGCUAUAUCAGAGUUGUGGGGUCUCGACCAAAGCUGUGUGUCUGUCUCCACACUAAAGGAUGCAGAGAUAUUCUUCCACUCUAAGCUUUUUGAUGCUCUCAAACUUUAUGUCCUGAUAAUUCCAACUGCUUUUGAGGGAUCAUUUGACUUCUUUAUGAAUCUUCUCAGCAAUCCUUCAGAAUUACCAUCUAAUCUGCUAUCCUCUCUGUUGUCUCUUCUAGUUGAGUACAUUAGAUGGUCUCCAGGGAGUGGAAUUGCCAUCAGAACUCCACAAAUGAUGUACAAGCAUCUGCAGCCAUUUCUUAAUUUGCUGCUCUUUUCACCUGUUGACAUAAAGGAUCAAUCAUAUAAUUUGGCACGAGCAGCAAUGUCUAGUACUGGUGCAUUUGAUAGAAAUUUGGAUGAGAUUAUCCUUUGGUUCUUAUUUUUACCGGGUUUCAGCACUGUUAAAUCAUCUGUUGAGAUCCAUGGAGAAAUGGUGCAGAGUAUGGCAAGAGUUCUCAUCUCAUUCUUAUGUGAUGCCAUUUCUACUGUUGGGAAUAACUUAUUUAGAUACUGGCAUGCAGUUAGAAACCAUAUUCGCCAUUCAAAAGAAUUUACAGAUAUUUCACCUAAAUUCAGCCCUCUCAUCAUAUGUGUCUUGCAGAAGUGUAUGAGGUUACUGAGUUCAGAAUCUGGAACUUUUUCAAUACCAGAGAAGUCAAUGAUAUCUGCAUAUGUGUGCAAUACAUUAAAGUAUCUGCUGCAAACUCAGGUGGAUGCAAGAUUAUUAGCUGCUUUAAUUAGAUCAGUUUUGUCUGAAGGACUUGAGGAUCACGUUUCUGUGGAUUCUUUAUGCGAAUGGCAGCCCUUGAAGAAUUUAUUGCUCAUGGCAGAGAGUCUGUUGAAUCAAAAGACCUGCUGCCUUUUUCUCACUGACCAAAAAGAUUUGCCAAUUGACAUUUCUUUCACAAAAGCACUUGGUGAAAUAAGAAAAAUUAUAAAAAGUGAGAAUGAUGGUGGUGAAAUAGCUGGAAUAACAAAAGCCUUUUGUUCUGCGAUUAUAUGUACAACAUCAGAUGUGGUGCUGAAGAAUUUUCCGGCAGUAAUGACCAUUUCACAGCAGAUUCGAGUUCCUCUGUCCUGCUUAUCCUCAAUAGUUUUUCAGCACCAAAGUUCUCUUUCUGGUGCGUCGAAGUUAUGGCCUCAAGUGUUUUUUCCUGGUCUGGAAAAGGCUUGCUCUAUGAUUAAUCCUCAAGGCAUGGGAAAUGAUGCUGUUGCUCAAGAAAUAAUGCUAAAUAUGGAUUUUGAUGCUAGUGAAGCUACAGCUGCUGCUGCUUUUGGUCUCUUUCUGAGGCAAGCACCUUUUCACGUGCUAUUUCCAACAAUAAUAAGCAGUAAUGGUACUUGUUUAUUGGAGCCAUCAAAGACAAAGGACUUGCUUAUGGCUAAAUUAUCUGAAUGCAAAAGUGAUUUUGUAGUUUCCUAUUUGCGACUUCUUCUAUUUUGGUUUUAUCAGAUACAAGUGUCAUAUAGAAUAAAACCAUUGGUUAAAUUGGAAGACUUUGCUGAAAUCUGCUAUAUUCUUGUAAAGCACAUGCUUGAUCAACUAUUGGUUUUGAAGGCUGAUUCAGGAAAUCCUCUUUCGGCUGAACUUAUCCGAGAAGCGGCUGAAUCCAUCUUUUAUCAUCCUGCUGUGAAAGCAGCCUUGACACAUCCUUUAGGUUGUGAUGAUAAUGCUAUUAAUGACGACUUUGCAGAGGGAAAUUUUAGGGGCAAUUUAGAGGCUUUCUAUAAUUCUUCUCAGCAGAAAGUUCAUCCAAUAGAUCAUCAUGUCUUCAAUAUGUUGAUAACAACUUUUGAAUACUUCUUGUCUCCAUCUGGUGGGCAACAUCACGUACUCAAAGUUGAUGAUGGUGAAAGUAAGCUACUUGUGAAGGCUUUCAAAACCUUGAUGCAGAGUCUAUAUUUGGAACUGAAGGAUAAGUUUGAUCUGUGCAUUAGGACUGAAGAUUUGUUACCCCUUCUCCAACCAUUUUAUGCUUUGCAUGCUUUGAUGCAGUUUGCUUCCCCAUUUGAGCUUUUUGGUUUAGCUCGUUGGAUUUUAGAUAGAGUUGAAGUGAAUGAUUUGGCCGUCCUCAAUUCCUUUACGACAUUUGCUCUCUCUAUUGGAUUUUGUAUUGCAGCUGAUGCUUUCAAGAUUUUAUCUAUUUAUUUGCAGCAGCCUGUAAGGACCAAAACAACGUUUUAUUCUUUUGGGCAAAUGGAAGAGAAAAGCUUGGAUGUUGACCUUAUUGAGGAAGUUUAUGUAAGAAUAUGCAAAUUUGCUACUAAUUUUGGACUGGAUUUUGCAUAUACUUGUUUGGUGGGAGCUGUCAGUGCCGUCUACAGGCAGAAAUGCAUAAAACCUGAUGUACUUGACCCCUUAAGCUUGGUAAUAUCGAGGAUUAUAAUGGGCACUCCGGUUGAAGUUGUUUCUCAGUGCAUUUAUGGAACAAGCAAGAUAAAAGCUAAAUUGUUGGUUCUUCUUGUUGAGAUGAGUCCCCAGCAUCUAUCAGUCUUUGGCUAUUUAUUUUUAGGGAUUUUGAAUAAAAAUGUCCAUAUAAAGGGAAAGAUGGCGGAAGAGGCCUGUAAAAUGUCUGUUUCAGAUGAGGACUUUAUGUUGUUGCUGCCUGCUGCAUUUUCAUACUUGAAUUCAGUUGUCAUGAAAUUAGGUAUGCAGAAAUACCACAAGCAGUUUACUGAUAUUACUUCUUUUUAUUCAGAAAUUCUAUUAAGAGGUUUCUGUAACUGGAACAACUUUGUAUCUGGAAAUCUAUUUCAAGAAAAUUUUGAUGAGUUCUUGUCAUCAUCUCUUGAGGAACUUCUCAAUCUGGUGGAUGCUAGUCUUCUUGGAACAGCAAUGCAUAUGUUACGAUGCCACUUUGCCUUAAGUGGAGAAAUGAAAAUGAAGGAGCAAAUGAAGUUCCAUAGCAUUCCCGUCAGUUGUACUGCACAUGAGGAGCUGCUAGACUGUGAGGUUGAUGAAAUAGAAUUUUAUUCACGUAAUCAGUUACUCAACCUGAUCAAUAGAGUAACUGCAAAAAUAGUGUUCUGUCGGAUGUUGUUGUUUGAUCAUGCUUGUUUUCUACCAAAAGAAGCAGAUGACUCAAAUUUGGUCUCUACUAAAAGACUGCAGUUUAUACAGACUUUAGUCAAAACUUGGCACUGCAUGGUUAAGAAAUUCCCCUCAUUCUCAGAUUCUUCCAGCAAAGAAAAGAGAUCUGGUUGUUUGCAGUUAUACAGAUACUUGGAAUUGUUAAUUUUGAACACUAUUCUUGAAUUAACCAAAGAGAUGCAUGAUGAUCUUAUCCAAUUGCAAGCCGUGCCCUUUCUUGAACAGUUGAUGAGAUCAUCUCUUCUUUAUAGGUUUGAGGAUCCAACAACUUUGAAUAUUCUUCGUAGUAUCCUAACAUUACUGUCACAGGGAGAAUUUUCAUCUGUUAUGUAUCUUCAGUUGCUGCUUGCCCACUCUCAGUUUGCGUCUACCAUUCAUUCUGUCACAGAAUUGCAUGGUUCUCAGACUGGUGCUCUUUUUAGACCUAUGCCCAGCAUUCUGAGGUCACUAGUUAGCCCUCAUCCCAACUACGAUAAUGAUCUUCAAAGAAUUGACCUUCAUUUGAAGCAGUUGGAAAUUAUUAAAUUACUUAGAACACUCAUUCAAUUGAAACCUGAUCCGGUUUGUUGUUAUUCUGGACAAGAUAUGGGCAUAAAUCUAAAAGAAUUAUAUUUCUUGCUUUUGUCUUCUUAUGGUGCAACACUCGGUGAUAUUGACGUGGAGAUAUUCAGUCUAAUGCGUGAGAUUGAAUCAAUUGAUACUUCAGUUUCUGAAGAUCUUGCUAAAUUGGAUUAUCUGUGGGGAACUGCUGCUUUGAGAAUAAGAAAAGAGCGAGCUCUGGACUGGGAUACAUCUUCUAGUGUUAUAACUAAUAAAGAAGUAUUUGAAGAACAUAGAAGAAGUCAAUUUAGGGAAGUCCUUCCUAUCAACCCCAACAUAUGUGCAACAACAGUUAAUUAUUUUCCAUAUGACAGAAUUAUGAGCAUUGAGCUAGAGAAUCCUAAGAAUAUGCGAGUGGCACAUUUUCCUGGUGAACGAUAUGAUCCGAUUUUCAUCUUAAACUUCUCAAAUCAUAAUUUGUCAAUGGGUCAUAUUGAACCUUUGGAGUUUGCUUGUUUGGGCUUGCUUGCAAUUUCAUUUAUUAGCAUGUCUUCCCCUGAUAUUGAGAUAAGAAAACUAAGUGAUGCAUCUCUUGGGAAGUUUAAGGAUGCACUAGAGAGAUUCCAGAAGAAAAAGGAUGUAUUGCGUCUUCACCUUCUGUUGACAUACAUACAAAAUGGAAUCAAAGAACGAUUGCAGAGAAUCCCUUCUAUUAUAGCUCUUUUUGCUGCAGAAUCAUCUUUUAUAUUGUUGGAUCCUUCAAAUGAUCAUUUUACAACAUUAAAUAAGCAUUUGAUGCAUUCUUCUGCGGUGGACAUGAAGCACAUACCAUUAUUUCAUACUUUUUUCCACAGUAACUCUGUUAAUUUCAGAGCAGAGAGGCUGUGGAUGCUCCGCCUAGUGUGUGCUGGACUGAAUUUAGAUGAUGAUGCUCAAAUAUAUAUCAGCAAUUCCAUUCUUGAGACCUUGUUGAGUUUUUACACUACUCCUCUUGCAGAUAAUGAGUCAAAGGAACUUAUUCUUCAGGUAGUGAAGAAGUCAGUGAAAUUGGAUAGGAUGACUCGACAUCUUGUUGAAAGCUGUGGUUUGUUUCCUUGGCUAUCUACUGUAUUGUCAAUCUCCAGUGCGAUGCUAGAUGAAAAUAAGGACAGUUUUUCUUCAUUGCAAUUGGUUUUGGCCAUAGAGGUCAUAUUUGAUAUUAUUUCAUCUGGAAACAUAAUUGGUUCUGCAUGGUUCGGAAAAUACUCGUUUGAGCAGUGUAUUGAACUUGCUUCUCAUCUAUACAAAAUCUUAGUUGGUGGGUUGAAGUUGAUCAAGGAAAAUGUUGCAUUGAUAGAGUCUAUCCUGCAGAUAGUUAUUUCAACAUUGAAGAUAUCACAGAAAAGGGAGACAUGCCAACCGCAUUUCACUCUAUCAUUUGAGGGUUUGUUUGGAAUUUAUCAGGCUCUUAAUGCAUUUGGUACUCCAAGAUCUGGUCUAAAUGCAAAAUCUGGGCUUGAAGCAAUACUUAAUAGUACACCUCCGGUUGACAUUUUUCACACGGGUCGGGAAAAGCUUUCAGUUUUCCUCAUGUGGGCAGUUUCUACAGCCUUGAAGUCCGAUUGUGAAAACAAUUUUCAUUUUAAAGAGUCUCAUGCCAGUCUAAUAAUUGUCUCAGAGGAAAAACCAUCUGAAUCUUUGAUCUCUAAACUCUUACGUUGGCUUGUGGCUGCUGUCAUUCUUGGGAAGCUUUCUUGGAAGCUUAAUGACGUUAAUACCAAAUUUUCAAAAAGAUCAAGCCCAGUAACUUUGCAGUCCUUUUUGGAAUAUGUAGAAAAAGGAUGUAGAGGAAGCAAAAACUAUGAAUUUGAUUGUGAAGAGGUAUUAGCUGCAACAAUCUUUUACCUCCAGCAGAUAAUUGGUUUGAAUUGGAGAAUGCCUUCUUCAGCUGUUUCCACACUAUGCAUCCUAGUACUUUGCGGUCCCCCCAAAUGUUUGGAUUUCAGGCAUGGUUAUUGCACUGAUGUUGUAUAUCUGUGUUCAAAAGUUCGUUGCCCGACUGAAGCCAACCCUGACUGGAAAUGGUCAUUUGACAAACCUUGGGAGGAUCCUAAACUUGAAAUAAGCGAUUUACAGAAGAUGGAUGAGUAUCAUGCUUGUCAAACACUAAUGGUGAUUAUCUCAAGCGUUCUUGGAAAGAAACCAUUAGAUUCACAGGUUUUGUCACAUCAAAAUCUAGUAAACUCUGAAGUUUUUGAAUGGGAAAGAAGAAUUAUAGAAACUAAUGAUAAUUGAUUCACAUACAUUUCAGUUUUUAAAUGAAAAAUCAGUCAAAAUUUUGUGUAUUAAUCUUAUGGUUAGCCUUAAUUAAUAUGUUUAAAGUUUAAA